AUGGUCGCUUCAGCCAACGACAUUACCAUCCACCGCCUCCUUAUCCAAUGCGAGCACCAAUUGAACAAUGUGAACGAGUGGUCAGAUGGCGAUAAAAGCAAAUAUGCAUUGUACAUUCGAUACUUGCAACAAUCCAAUAGCAGUCCUCGCUAUGCAGAACGUAUCCAAAGACUUACAGAUCGCUUAAAGCAACAAGAUAUGCAUGUCGAUACCAAUAAGGGUGUGAUGGAAAUGCAAGCAACAAAACAACUCGUAUUGGAUGGUUUGAAACGACUUCAACAACCUGAUGAACCUGAAUGGUUACAACAACUUAAAGCAAUGCCAGAGGAAGAGGAGGAGCCUAUCAAGCAGCAAAGUGAACGCGACAAGGGUCUAGAUACGCGUCGAGAAGAACAACAGGAGGAUCAUUUGCGAAGACGGCGACGGUCCACAACCCGUGAACAAGAGACAUCCAAUAUUGAGAACGUUUUACAGCAUCAUCGACAAAUGCAUGAUGAACUUACUGGGGACUUAAGUCGCAUGGCAGCACAACUCAAGCUCAAUAGCCAAUCAUUUGGUGAUACUUUGGCCAAAGAUGACAAGGUAUUACAAGAUGCUCAACAAGCUGUUGCCAACAACUUGGAUCGGCUACGCAAGGAGAGAAAGAGAUUGGAUGAGCACUAUUCAAAAUCUUGGGGGACUAGUUUUAUGACGAUGGGUGUUGUACUCUUUGUUUGCAUUGUAUUCUUUUUAGUUUUCUUUACCAUUAAAUUCCUCCCAAAAGCUUAA